CAGAAAUCGUAUUUGCCGUGGUUUUUCUCAGCCUAGAUAAAUAAUAUUUGACAAAUUUUUUGAUGUUCCACUUACUUUUAAAACGUCAUUUUUACGAAAUUUUAAGGAUGUUUACAAAAUGAAUACCUCGUUCCCAGAUCCCGGUUGGAAAUUAUGCCCAUCUCUAAAUUCACAGAUCCAGUACGUUUGUUACGCUACAGAACAAUGUUGUCUUACUGGAUGUUGUACUCAAUUUGUUUAUAAACAAUUUAAAUCAUGGUCUUUUUGGCUAAUCAUAAUUGUUGUUGGUGCAUUCUUAUAUUGCUGUUGGUGGUUUUGUAAGAUGCUGAAAGAAAGUCGACAAAAACGUCAACGGAAUAAUCUGAGCAGGAAUAUGUUUUUAAGUUCAAAUUCGGUAAACGGUUCUCCAAGAACACAAAGUCAUAUUGUAUCUUUGUUCAAUAGUGGGGAAAAUGCUUCUUCAACAAAACUUUCAAAAAGUGGUGAUGCUCCACCGAAGUACCGAGAUGCGUUAAAUAUGCCAAGAAGACAAGAUAUUCAAACCGUUGAAAUUCACUGCGAUAACCAACUGACUUCGGUUGAAAGCAACGCUGAAGCAACGGCCAGUACGAGUGAAAAUCUUCCCACUUACGAAGAUGCCAAAAAGUACCAGAGUGAGAAAGUUUGAGUAACUGUAUGAAAUAACAUAAAAUGUGUACAUAAAAUUUAUACAUUUUCCUUAUAAAAU